CAUCACGCUGUUGUGUGCCCCGUGUCAUAUCUGCUGCACUGUCUCUUGCUACAUCUCUCCACCGACGCUGUCCUCACCCAGAACAGACCGCCCAAAGCCAAGUCUCAUCUACUAAUAAUCCAAUCAGUACUGAAAAAGCAGCUAUGAGACUACACAUAUUUCUCGUGGCAGUGAUAAUAUAUCUGCCUCAGUCAACGGAAGCAACAGUAAAACAAGACACCGCCUUUUCUUAUAGCACGCACGCAGGUCUGAGCUGGCUGCAGGGUCUUGUGUCAGGUUCCAAGCCUUCCUCACGCAAGAAACGAGUCGUCGGCGUUCCCGUCGGAUCAAAUAUUGAGAUAAAGUGGGCAAUAAACUUCCCCUUCGACACCUUCACUUACUACAGCGGCAGGAUCAUGUUUGCUCUGCCAAUCAAGGUGGCCUUCCCAAACUCCUUUAUGACAGGCGGCCUCGGGAAGCGAUCCGGUGACGCAGACAGUGAUGAGUUGGAGUUCAUGGAGUGUCCAGACCCCGAGCUAGACUGGCAUAGCAAGUCGCGAUGUGUCGCCCGGAAGGAACGUUUAACCCUCUACAAGCGACUGGAAGCAGUCUUCGAUAAAGUUGAGAUGGACGGACGCAAGUGUCUCCUGAGAACCAUCUGCGAAGUGGCUGAGGCGCCCUUCGACCAGGGUCUCUUCGGAGACUUGCUCAACACACUCCUGACACCCUCGCUGGCUGGUCGACCAGACACUGUGGAGGAGAGGAAGGAGUAUGACCACUUCCUGGAGGCUGAGUUACAUGGUAAACUGAACGGCAGGUGUGAGGAGCGCUUCUACCAGUGUCACAACUCCGUCUUCGACCUCCUUCCAUAUGCUGUCCAAAACCUCUUAUAGUUGUGAGCUUCUCUCUUCUACUGGAGCUCUUCUGGAACCACUGUUUGUCGGGAAUGUUUUCUGAUACUGUAUUAUCUCUCAGCGAUACAAAUUACUGUAGUACUAUCGGAGUUGUUGAGCAAGAACAUAUUUUGGCAGAGGCAGCCUUUGGAAGGGAACCUCCAGCAGCUUCGUCGUUUGACAGCAUCGUCACAACUAUCUUUUUGUAUAAAGUUACCAUUGUUAAUAUAAACCUGUGAUGUGUGCUAUAUAAACAUGUGACGUGUGCCAUAUAAACAUGUGACGUGUGCCAUAUAAACAUGUGACGUGUGCCAUAUACACUGUACAUUGAUCUCAUGAUCAUCAACAUCACUCGUGUAAUAUUUCUUGUACUUUUAUAUUGUAACAUAUAAGUUAAUGAUAAAUAUUUGAAGAUAUCGAGUUUUUUUAAUAUAUUCUU